AUGAUGAAAGAAGCCCAAAAACAGCAAGAACAAGUCAAGACUGUCGACAGCUCUCAGGAAGUGGGCGGAGUCGUAGACGGGAGUACCGAGGAUUCUGCAUCUUCGGAGGUACAUACAACGCUAUCACCACCUGGUACUAUUCAUGUGGGACCGGAUACUAUUGUGAAGAAUGGAAGAGAGCAUAUUCAUGAUCCAGAGCACGGGAAUGAUGACGUCAUCAUAGAUCAUAAAAUGCAAAAAGUGCAAAUGUUCGGAGGAGAAGAUGUGGAGAUCGGUGGGAAUUCUGAAAUGCCGAAAAGUGACCACGUCCACCAUCAUAAGCAGCCAUACAACCCGGAUGCUGUAAUGGAGAAGCAAGAAUUCAAGAAAGGAUGGGCACCCACUGAAAUCCUAUGGUCACCGAGUAUCAUGGCGAAUGGGUAUAAUGGUGGAGUGAGACGACCCGACUAUAGACAUUUUGUCGCCGCGCAACGACAUUAA